GUCUCGUCCACUCUCCAGUACGCCUAUAUCUCCACUUUCCCCACACCCGCCGUGAAUCUCGCACCAUAGUGAACCAAGCGAUCGAUCGAAGUUCCACUCAUCACUCAUGGGGAAGGACUCCACCGCCGCCGGCGGUAUUCCGAUCAUGCGGAAGGACCACUACAAGUCCCUUGGUGUGAACAAGGCGGCCACGGCCGGCGGGAACGGUAAGGGCACGGGCGGCAUUCCGCUCACGGGGAUGGACCACUACGAGAUCGUGGGCGUGAACAAGGUGGCCACCGCCGCCGGCGGAGACGGUAAGCGCCUCGCCUUCGCCGACGGGAGCGGUGGAGUCGUGGGCGGCGCAAAGGGCGCGGCCAGGGCCGUUGCCGUCGUCCCAGGAGGUGCGAAGGGAACAGCUGGUCGGCGCUUGGGAGGCGCGUCGGCGUUCUCCUCCACUGAUCACAGCACCUGCAAGACGGCCCUGAGGCCCCUGAAGAUCAUCAAUGAGUACCACUAUGAGGAGGAGAAUUGCGGUGCGCUCGAGGACGAUGGCACGACAUUGUCCUACACCCAACGCAGCACCAUUAAGACGGCCGUGAAGGUCGUGAAUGAGUACUACCAUGACCAUGAGGAGGAGAACCGUUGUUUGUCCGAAGACGGAGGCAAGGAAGAUCAGGGCAAGGACAUACAGUACGAUGAUGAACUUCUAGCUUAUGAAGACAACGAUGGUGCUGAGAUGGGCCAUGGUGGCAGUGGUGAAGGCGGCUACAACGCGUAUACCAGGAUUGGCGAUGACGAUGCCGGAGCCGGGGACGUAGAUGACUUCCUGAACGGUGAUAACUACUACUAUGAUGUUGCUGCGACGGGUUUUGAUGGCUACUACGAGGAUGGUGGAGAUGGAGCUGAUGGCUGGUGGUAAUGAUCGAUGACAAGACCUCUUUGAAAGGUGAGAAAAUGACAGCGUCCCUGGAACCUGUUUCGAAAUUGUAAGAUAAGAAUGCCAUGAAGUGCAAGUCUCAAUGCAGUUUGUAUCCCGUAAGUUAUCUUAGCUUCUGUAGUCGAUGAAGUUCUAGGUAAGCUUCUGCCUUAGCGUUUGUUGUAUGGUGAUCGCCAAACCCAGGAGAUCAAAUCAGUCUUUGUAUCUGGGGGAUCUUAACAACAUCAUGAUCCCUUGUGAUAGAAGUACUGCUGAUGUAAAUUAUAAUCCUAUGUGUUCCUUAUGUACCAUGUUAAGAUUUGUGGUGUUUUUUA